UUCCCAUUGCCAACCCCUGGGAUGCUGCGAGGAAGAGGGAGAUGCCCCGGGACACUGAGGCAGAGCAGGAGCUGAGCAUGGAGAGCAGGGAGGACAAACGCCUGUGGCAGAACCUGGUGGAAGAGGCCGUUUUGAGCAGCUCCACGGCGCAGGAAGGCAACGGGGAGGAAAAGCCCUGGAGAUGCCGCACGAGGAGGGGCUGCAAACGCAGCUGGCGGGGAUCUGAGGGGGAAAGAGCCAGCCUGGGCCGGGAAGGCGGCCGGAGAUGGAGCCAGAGCUCGGAGCUGGUACUCCAUGAGCAGCUCCAUGAUGGGAAGAAGCCCCAUACGUGCGUGGAGUGUGGAAAGAACUUCAGGUGGAACUGCGACCUGAUUGUGCACCAGAGGACCCACACUGGGGAGAAGCCCUAUGAGUGUGGGGAGUGUGGGAAGAGCUUCAGGUGGAGCUCCAACCUGAUCAAGCACCAGAGAAUCCACACUGGGGAGAAGCCCUAUGAGUGUGGGGAGUGUGGGAAGAGCUUCUGUGGGAGCUCCAGCCUGAUCAAGCACCAGAGGAUCCACACUGGAGAACGGCCCUUCGAGUGCGGGGAGUGUGGACAGAGCUUCAGCCAGCGCUCCCACCUGAUCUCGCACCAGAGGACCCACACUGGGGAGAGGCCCUACAAGUGUUCCAAGUGUGGGAAGGGGUUUCAGACCAGCUCCCAUCUCGUCCGGCACUAUCAGAGUCACACAGAGGAGAGGCCCUUCCAAUGCCCCGACUGUGGGAAGGGAUUCAGGUGGAACUCCACCCUCGUCAGGCACAGGCGCAUCCACACUGGGGAGAAGCCCUACGAGUGUGAUAAAUGCAGGAAGAGGUUUCAGACCAGCUCCCAUCUCCUCCAGCACUAUCGCAUUCACACAGAGGAGAGGCCCUUCCGCUGCCCCGAGUGCGGGAAGGGAUUCAAGCACAACUCCACCCUCGUCAAGCACCGGCGCAUCCACACUGGGGAGAGGCCCUACGAGUGUCCCCAGUGUGGGAAGAGCUUCUCCAGCAGCUCUGACUUGACCCGACACCAACGGAGGCACCGUCCGUUGCAGUUCUGUUUGCAGAGUGCCGCCUUCUCAGCUCAUUGUGUUUGUGUCCCCUUUUCUCUCCUGCCUCUCUUUGCCUGCUUUGUUUCUCUCUCAGUGUCUCGCAGCUGGCGGGGAUCUGAGGGGGAAAGAGCCAGCCUGGGCCGGGAAGGCGGCCGGAGAUGGAGCCAGAGCUCGGAGCUGGUGCUCCAUGAUGGGGAGAAGCACCACACGUGCGUGGAGUGCUGGAAGAGCUUCAGGUGGAGCUCUGAGCUGAUCCAGCACCAGAGGACCCAGACCGGGGAGAGGCCCUACGAGUGUGGAGAAUGUGGGAAGAGCUUCAGCCAUAGCUGCCACCUGAUCACGCACCAGAAGACCCACACCGGGGAGAGGCCCUACGAGUAUUCCAAGUGUGGGAAGGGGUUUCAGACCAGCUCCCAUCUCCUCCGACACUAUCAGAGUCACACAGGGGAGAGGCCCUUCCGCUGCCCCGAGUGCAGGAAGGGAUUCCAGCGCAACUCCCACCUCAUCAGGCACUGGCGCAUCCACACUGGGGAGAGGCCCUACGGGUGUCCCCAGUGUGGGAAGAGCUUCUCACAGAGCUCUCACUUGCCCCAACACCAACGGAGGCACCUCCCGGUGCCGAUCCUGUAG